AUGUCUUACAGUUAUAGAAAGGGAUCUAUCAAUGAGGACAUUGCUGAGACCGAAGUGGAUAUUCCCCAAGCUGGAUAUCUGCCCGUAGAGGAUGCUGUGGAGUCUCAUCAUGGCCAUCAUCAUGAGCCGGCGGAGGUGGGCCACCAUCAUCACGGUGGACAUCAUUACCAGGCCCAGGUGCAUCAUCACGAGCACGGACCCCAUCAUCACCUGGAGUCCCAUCACCACCUGUCAGAGUCCUAUCAUCAGCAUCACUUGGCUGAGUCGCAUCACCACCUCCUGGGAUCCCAUCACCAUCAUCUGCAGGCACCGCUCCACUCAAUCCAUGGUCAUCAUGGCCAUCAUGGCCAUCACGGACUACAUGUGAGCCAUUUGCAUCACCACCGCAACUGCCAUGCCACUAUUCACUGCCCCAGGACUCACAGUCCAACCUAUGCCACCGAUGGCCACUCCUGCUACCAUGUGGGAAACGCCUGCGAACUGGCGAUCCUCAACUGCCUGCGUCGCAAUGAACUGCAGCCGGUUCUCCGCCACAUUAGCCAGCAUGAGUGCCACCAUCUGCCCACAGCUCGCAGAUCCCAUUAA